AUGCCCGAUAACCGUCGAAUUCUAGAAUGGAUAUCGCUCAAAGAUGCACCCAAUGGUGUCAUUUCCAAUAGCGAUGAAAUUUUUGCCGUCCUCCAAGAGAUACAAAAACUCCAAGAGUGCACCGGUGUCGCCCGAGGCCGUCCGCAGGAGCUGAGGAAUAUUGAGUGGUUGAUUAUCGAGUGGAGAGGCAGCAGAGACAAGGAAGAGUUUUGUACGACGGAACUUUAUCUCCGAUUAGAGGAAGCUCUUGCAACUCGCUCAUGGAGCCGAGAAGUUUCCUGCCUGCUCCCGGAUAGGGGGCACAUCAUAGCAGCCCACCCGAUGUCUCCUCCUAUGCUUUAUGAGGUCCUGACAAUCUACUUCCCUGUAGACUUGGAUCCAGCGACUAUUUCCUGUCUUGAAAAGUUUAGCGUGUUACCCCGCUGGCACAUCGAUGGUGAAGACCCCGUUGAGUAUCCCUCGGCGGCGCUCAAGGCUCAAACUCCUGUGAUGUGGAAAGAGGGCACUUGUGAGUACCAGGGACAAACUGCCAGGCGGUUUGUUUACUUCAUCAAAUUUGUCAACAAGGAAGGAGAACGAAUCUAUAAAGAAAAAGUGAGGUAUGAUCCAGGCGGAAGAACACCUCUGGAUAUCAUGUCAUAUUUCUUUGGCCGGCUGGAAGAUCUUGGGAUGAUCGGAUAUGAACCGCGGCAUGUUGAAUUUGUGGAGAUUGUUCACUAUGUACCGGAAAACUACGUGUCAGAGCCUCUACCAACUCAACCGAUGGAAUGCCCGCCACAUAAUAUAGCAGACCUCGAAGGUGAUUGCGAUGACCUGUAG